AGACAGCAACGAACAGCUUGGCAGGUGGGCACACCUAUCUUUCCAGUCGAGGAUGCGUAUUUCAGCAGCGCCGGUGCUUAACGCCGUAGCGGAAGCGCUUAGCUUUAUGGAUAGUCAAUCCACUCCCAACCCGCUCCGCUUAAUGUGUCGGACCUAACAAGCGGUUGUACACGAAGUUGUCAGUGGAGACGAUUGGGUGUUGGGACGUAUAUCACAGACUCGAUGCUUCUCAUUGGCGAAGGAAGAAGUCGAAAGAGGGAACUGCGUCAACACAGCGUUUCAAAUCCACACGCAUUGAGAUUUGCGGCGCCGUUGCUUACCAGCUGUUGACUCUCCCUCGCUUGAUGGAGCUGGUGAUGCCGCCGGUGCCGCCGUCGCUCGUGUGCAGCUUGUGAUACUCGUGGCCGCGCAGAUGCCAAUCAGCGGGUGGACCCCAUACAGGCUAGGUUCUUCAGAAUCUUCCCUGUGUUGGCUGCAGCGCUGCACCUGCGUCGUUUGACAUCAGUCGACCGCGAGGGAACAAGAAUAUCCACGGGGUGGAGCAACUGCUCAGUGCUCAAAGAACUCGAUGUGUCCGAGAAUGAGUUUCUGGGUGCCCACCGCGGUCUGGUGGGUGCACCACGUCUGGGGAAGUUGACUGCCAGUGAAUGCGGACUGCGUAACGUAAAUCGUCGAAGCCCCUUUCUGCUGCUUAUGGAUGCUGCUGUGCGCAUGGGAAUUAGGUUCUGGCGAGCGUAAGCCCUUUUGGGGAAACCACCAUCCGAGGACUGCUCAAUGUGUGGGUGAUGUAACGCGAUUGCCACCUGCCUUUUUGAUCUCCUGCUUGCUUUUGCACACAUGCUAGGAAUAGCGCAGCUUUUGGUGUCAGCUUGGCGCUGGAGUGAAGGAGGCGCACUCCGUCAGCCCCUCGCCACAGCGUCUGAAAGAGAGAUUUAGAUGACAGGGUGAUCACGGCGGAGAUCCUACGUUCUGCGCAGGCUUUUAGCUCCGCCUCGGAGUACCCCACAGAAACAGAGUUUUCUUGUGAGGACAGUAAGACAUUCUUUUACUGGGUUAUAUCUUAUAUUUUAAUAAAAGAGAAUUUGUUAGUAUUCGGGGGAACAAGUCUGGCUGGUACGACAGAACCUCGGUACCGUUAUGCUCUUCUUUGUUUACCCCUUCUCUUUCUCUUGCACAUGCGUCGUAUUGAAAAUUGUUGCUAACGUCUUGGAGUUCCAAGGUAUCCAAAUAAUACCCCCCACACAUAAUUUUCGAUGAUUUUCGAAUAUCUAUGCCACACACAGGUGCCAAAGAACCCAAAUGAACAUAACAAAGAAGAUUUGCAAAAGAGGCCAGACAAGACGACUUUCCUGCACGAACUACGCACACUCUUCAGCGGCACGAUGAAGAAAAAAAGGACCCGCAAAUAACCGCGUACUUAAGGGCGGUGCCUCGGACUCCAACGAGGAUGAUAUUCUCCUAGGGGAUCUGGUGGCGGAUCGACGGGGCAGCGCAGAAGACGAGGACGUACCGGAUGAGCGCACCAAAGAGAUCUUGGACGAGGCGGAACACUGCCUUGAACCACUGAUCGGCAGACGUCUCACCAGCUUUAUGACCGUCGUGGCGCUCCAUAGACGGCAAACGGGUGUGCACAUCUCCUUCACGGUCGGCGCACUUAGUAUGCGGAAGAUGCGCAUGCAAAUCCAGAGCGAUGAUCCACAAGUAAUUCUGAAUCGGCUGCCCACACCACUCUACUCCUACUGAGGGGAAGUCGCUGAAGAAGACGCAGCAGCACGUCCACAGGAUGAAUCGUACAUCUUGCUAAGGUCGGAUGACGCCAGCCUACCGAGGCAACUGAGAGGCGCCAAGUUCAUCCUAGGCAUUACGACACGAGAUCGCCCCAAUACACAGGCAAGACGGCGGAGAAGCUCCAGAGCCGGAUCGUCAUCGAGCACGCCCCGCGCACCGGAACCCGAAACGGUCACGGUGUCCGUGCUGACCAUCCAGCCAGAAGAGGCGCUCUACGGUCUCUAAAUGCCAACCGCAGUCCCGGCAAGAGAGGAGCCUCAGGCUCCGGACAGGGAGCGGCUCAAAAACAAAGAAAGCCCGGGUUUGAACGGGCGGGGCAGCCGUCCACGUGGGUACGUCUGCUCGCGUCACUGGCAUGUUUACAGCCAGAAGCCAGCAAAGGUCUCGCAAGCGGCAUGGGAGAAGCUCUCGCCUCACACGCGCAAGCAGCAUCGGCUCGCGAUCGAAGACCUGGUGAACACGCCGCACGACCUACUCGCACUCGACCUGGCAGCCGCAGCGACCAGGCUAAUCCACAGAGCGGCCAAGAUGAGGAAGUGGAAGGCGUCCACGAUCGUGUCGAAGUUCGCAACGACACACGGAGCGCUGAUGCACCCGCCGCUCUACACGGACCAGCCGCACCCGAUCAGCCUGAAGGAGUCCCCGGAGUGGACGUCGGCGUACGGGCGGUGGCAUCAAAUCAUAAGCAGCGAAGUCCCCAACCCACCGCCACACGUGGUCAAAACACAGAUCGACGACGCCGCGCGGCACCUACAGGACGACCCGGAGGCCCGACUGUUCUUGCAAAUGAUGUGGAGCUUCGCAGCACGACCGGGAGUCAUUGGAGGGCUGAGGCCAACGGACGUGACGUUGCAGACCCCCACGGCGGUGUCGUACCCAGUGGGCCUCACGCACAGGAGAGGCAAGGCAACACACUUUCGCGGGCCCUACCCAGUAGCGUCGCAUCUGAGUCGGCAGGACGGUUCGUGCGUGGCGCACCAAAUGGCGCAGCGGACGAGCGAGCAGUCGCUCUUCAGGCCUCCCGCAGCAGCCAAGAAGAAGGCCAGAGCGGCGCUGAAGAGGGUGAAUCCCGCCCUCGAGCUCGCCUCGAUUCGGAAGGGAGCAGUGCACCACCUCGCUCGGGCGGGGGCACCGGAAGCGGAGAUCAUGAGGUUGACGGGACACACGUCACUCACAACCCUGCGGCGAUACCUCAACUAUUCCCAGCAACCUACACGGGAGGCCAUUCCAGCGCAGGACAGCGCCUCAACCCUCCUCCACGACCCAACGCCGUUGGCCACAAACGACCAAUGUGGCACGAGAUAG